AUGCAUGCCUUAACAUGCUUACCACUUUCUUCUCCUUCAUCUAUAUCUUCUCUAAAGCCAAACCAUCACAACAAUCAUUUAUUCAAUGCAACUUCAAGAAAAACUUGUUUUACUACCAGAGCAUUACUCUCAUCAUCUAAAGAAUCUAUCCUCAAGGAUUUUCACCAAAAAACAGCUCUUAAGAUUAUCACAGGUUUGCAGAAUUUUGAUAAAGAUAAUGUUGCUUCUGUUGUUACUGCAGCAGAAAAGGGAGGAGCAACUCAUGUCGAUAUAGCAUGCGACCCGGAAUUGGUGAAGCUAGCUAUCAGCCUAACUACUUGUCCGGUUUGUGUUUCUUCUGUGGAUCCUGCAACAUUUCCAGCUGCAGUUGAAGCAGGAGCACUUAUGGUUGAGAUUGGAAAUUAUGAUUCAUUCUAUGAGAAGGGAAUGAUUUUUACUGCAGAGCAGAUUUUGAGUCUAACGAAAGAGACGAGGAGGAUACUUCCAUCGAUAGUUUUGUCUGUCACUGUUCCGCACACACUAAGCCUCCCUGAUCAGGUCAAGCUUGCAGAGUUACUAGAACUAGAAGGUGUAGAUAUUAUUCAAACCGAGGGAGGAAAAUGUUCUAAUCCUACAAAGUCAGGCGUUCUAGGUUUGAUUGAGAAGGCAACACCAACUUUGGCAGCAGCGUAUUCUAUAUCACGAGCAGUUAAGAUACCUGUCAUGUGUUCAUCCGGGCUAAGUGCUGUCACAGCACCUAUGGCUAUCACUGCUGGAGCUUCUGGUGUGGGUGUGGGCUCUGCAGUUAACCGACUAAAUGACGUGGUUGCCAUGAUUGCUGAGGUCAGAAGCAUUGCUGAUUCAUUGAAGACAACCUUUCAGACACGUGAAGUGGAAACUUAUAGACAGUAG